GUGCGCGCUGUUUCCGGAAGUGUCCACCGUGGUCUGUUCCGUGGCUGCCUCCGACACUGGGUCGCUGCUAUUUGCUGCAGAACUCUGCGCGUGGACGCUCGUAGGCCAGGACGGGGCCAGGUUCCGUCUGCGCCGCAGGAUGGAGAUAAUCCGGAGCAAUUUUAAGGUUAAUCUUCAUAAAGUGUAUCAGGCCAUAGAGGAGGCUGAUUUCUUCGCCAUCGACGGGGAGUUUUCAGGAAUCAGCGAUGGACCCUCAGUCACAGCAUUAACAAGUGGUUUUGACACCCCAGAAGAGAGAUAUCGGAAGCUUAAAAAGCAUUCCAUGGACUUUUUGCUGUUUCAAUUUGGCCUUUGUGCUUUUAAGUAUGACCACACAGAUUCCAAGCAUGUAACGAAGUCAUUUAACUUCUAUGUUUUCCCCAAGCCUUUCAGUAGGUCCUCACCUGAUGUCAAGUUUGUUUGCCAGAGCUCCAGCAUUGACUUCCUAGCGAGCCAAGGAUUUGACUUUAAUAAAGUGUUUUGCAGUGGAAUUCCAUAUCUGAAUCAGGAAGAAGAAAGACAGCUGAGAGAGCAAUUUGAUGAAAAACGUUCUCAGGCCAAUGGGGCAGGAGCUCAGGCAAAAUGUCCUGUGACAGUUCCGGAGGAUCAAAGGAAGUUUAUUGAUCAAGUAAUAGAGAAGAUAGAGGAUUUCCUACAAAGCGAAGAAAAGAAGAGCCUGGAUCUAGAGCCAUGCACUGGGUUCCAAAGAAAACUUAUUUACCAGACUUUGAGUUGGAAGUAUCCCAAAGGCAUUCACGUUGAGACAUUGGAGACUGACAAGAAAGAGAGACAUAUAGUUAUCAGCAAAGUGGAUGAGGAGGAACGCAAAAGAAGGGAGCAGGAGAAGUAUGCAAAGGAGCAGGAGGAACUGAACGAUGCUGUGGGCUUUUCAAGAGUCAUCCAUGCCAUUGCUAAUUCGGGGAAGCUGGUUGUCGGACACAAUAUGCUCUUGGAUGUCAUGCACACAGUUCAUCAGUUCUACUGCCCUCUGCCUGCGGAUCUGAACGAGUUUAAGGAGAUGACAACCUGUGUCUUCCCCAGACUCUUAGAUACUAAGUUGAUGGCCAGCACACAGCCUUUUAAGGAUAUCAUUAACAACACAUCCCUUGCAGAGUUGGAAAAGCGGUUAAAAGAGACACCUUUUGACCCUCCUAAAGUUGAAAGUGCAGAAGGCUUUCCAAGCUACGACACAGCUUCUGAGCAGCUCCACGAGGCAGGGUAUGACGCUUACAUCACAGGACUCUGCUUCAUCUCCAUGGCGAAUUACUUAGGGUCUUUACUCAGUCCUCCAAAAAUGUGUGUGUCUGCCAGAUCAAAACUCAUUGAGCCCUUUUUUAACAAGUUAUUUCUUAUGAGGGUCAUGGAUAUUCCCUAUUUAAACUUGGAAGGGCCAGACUUGCAGCCUAAACGUGAUCACGUUCUCCACGUGACAUUCCCUAAAGAAUGGAAAACCAGUGACCUUUACCAGCUCUUCAGCGCCUUCGGUAACAUUCAGAUAUCCUGGAUUGAUGACACAUCAGCCUUUGUUUCUCUCAGCCAGCCCGAACAAGUACAAAUUGCUGUUAAUACCAGCAAGUAUGCUGAAAGUUAUCGGAUCCAGACCUAUGCUGAGUAUGUAGAAAAGAAACAUGAGGACAAGCAGGUGAAGAGAAAGUGGACAGAAGACAGCUGGAAGGAGGUGGACAGAAAGCGACCCCGUGUGCCAGGCCCCUGUUACCACAGCAACAGCUUCACAGCAACUGGCAUGGUUGGAAAGAGAAAUCUGAGUCCAGAUGCAAGGGACGCUGGCUUAGAAGACAGAGAAUCUGGGGAGAGAUCCGACUCUGAGCUUGAACAGAUAGAUUCCUGUGCAGAACCUCUCCCAGAGGGAAGAAAAAAGACCAAGAAGUUAAAAAGAAUGAAGAAAGAGCUUUCCUUGGCAGGAAGUAUCACAGAUAGCCCUGCUGUGCUCUUUGAAGUCCCUGACACGUGGUAACAGAAACCAGCGUGGAGCACAGUGAGGGUGCUGCUGCCGAGACAGAGCCAGCCCAGCCUGCCUGUUUGGAAGCCAUAUUGUAUUCACCUAAUCAAAUGUGGCAUGGGAGGGUUUGGAAUCACGUUUCUUUCCUACAAAAGCUACUUUUUACUUUUUUGGCUAUCUCGAUUUUUCAUUUUAAACUAAACUGACCAUUGGCACGUGUCAUGGUUGAGGGAUGUUACAGGUAUUUGUGUGUUAUUAAUUAAUCACUUCCUGCUCCAGGAAAAUCUGCCCUGCCCUGAUGAGUGUUGGCAAGGUCACCCAGGGAGGAAGUCAGCUGUGAACUAUGCCAGGACAGCCGGCCUCUGGGGUGUUCUGGUCAGAUUUGUGCUGAGCUUGUCCUGCCUGGAGACAUGCCUGGCCAUCCACCAUUGCUGCCUGGAAACAAUGCACAGGCUUGUCUUCAGUGGCAAUCUUCCUGUGCUGACUGCCCAGGCUUUGAGAGCACAUUAGUUCAAGUUUCUCUUCCUCAUGGUUGAUGUGUGAGUGAGGAGCUGGCUCUUCUGUUCCUGUGCACCGUGCUACAUUCAUGGUGCAGUGCCUUCACCUGCUUGUUUUUAUGGUGUCUGUGAGCGUGUGUGCAUGCGUGUGUGCGUGUGUGUGUGUGUGUGUGUGAGUGAGUGACAGUGGCAGGCCUACAGCAUGCAUCAAACCCUCAUCCUGACAGGUUCCACAGCAGCAGAGCAGCGUGUGCUCCUGCAGGACACUCCACAGCAGAAACUUCUGGAUAUGUAACACUUUUGUAUCAUGAAAAUAAAAAUAAAAAAUUAAUUUCAAAGAUGGAAUUAAAGAAAAUUUCAUAGAA